AUGCAUCUCACAUCUCUCCUCACGACCUCGCUGGCCCUGGCCUCCGUUCCAGGAGCCAUGGCCUACCCUGGCAUGGGCCAGCAGAUCGAGGAAAUCAAGGCCCGCGCAGGCAACUCGGGCGACUCGACAGAGCUCCUCGGCGACCUCGUCACCCUCAAGGACCGUGAUCUUACUGACGUCGGAAAGGAUGUUAAGAGGCUCCUCCAGGGCAAGGGCAACCCGCAGUCUGACGAUCGCUACAUCGGCAAGGUUCCUGAUUUGACUUCGGACAAGUGCAAGAAGGACACCUGCUGCGUCUGGCGCUAUGUCGCCGACGACAUGUACCAGUUCAUGGCUGGAAAGUCGGGCCGCUGCACGAGCCUGGCGCGCGGCGCCGUGCGCCUCGGCUUCCACGAUGCCGGAGCCUGGUCCAAGGCCACCGCCUCCCAAGGCGGCGGUGCCGAUGGCAGUAUCCUGCUCGCGCCGGGUGAAAUCGACCGCUUCGAGAACCGCGGGCUGCAAGAGGUUGCCGCCAAGUUCAUUGAGCUCCACGGCAAAUACAAGUCCAUGGGCUGGAACAUUGGCAUGGGUGACUUCAUCCAGAUGGGUGCCAACGUUGCCGCCGUUGUCUGCCCCCUCGGCCCGCGUAUCAAGACCUACGUCGGCCGCAAGGACAGCACCACCCCGGCGGUCACCGGCCUCCUCCCCAGCCCCUUCCAGCCGGCCGACCAGCUGAUCCAGAUGUUCCGCGACAAGACCAUCGGCCCUCACGGCCUCGUCGCCCUGCUCGGCGCUCACACAACCAGCCAGCAGAACUUUGUCAACACGAGCCGUGCCGGCGACCCUCAGGACAGCACCCCGGGUGUGUGGGACGUUCUCUACUACAAAGAGACUCUCAGCACCAACUCCCCUCCCAGAGUGUUCAAGUUCCCCAGCGACAUUGCCAUUUCGCAGCACCCCGAAACCGCCAAGGAGUUCAAGGACUUUGCCGGACCAGGUGGCCAGAACCACUGGAACGAGGACUACGCCCGUGAAUACAUCCGCCUCUCGCUCUUGGGCGUCAACAACAUCAACCAGCUGGUUGAGUGCACCAAAGUUCUCCCCCCGGCAGUCAAGGGCUUCCGCGCUCUCGACCAAUUCAAGCUCGACAAGUGGCUCAACAGCGUCGGCAACAAGGGCGCCGCCAAGAAGGUCGCGGAUGAUAUCGCCAAGGGUGACCCCGCCUCUGUUGAGGUGCCUCCCGUCAACAACCGCAACUAA